ACCAAUUUAUUGUAAUAAAUAUCUCUUUUCAGAAUGUGAUAUGAAUAAUAUUUCAUCAAACAGUUGAUAAGCUAUAGGUUUUCUUUUGAAGUGAUCAAUAAAAUACUAUAGAAUUUAUAGAAAAGCAUUUUCUUGCUGUGUAAACAAACCUUGAACUAAGCCUUGAACGAAAUUUACUUUUAUUCUGCUCGAAUUAGUACGUGACUGGUGUACGUCAUCGUUUUAAAUUAAACAAUGAAACCAAUUGAGAACGGGGACACAAUGACCCAUUCAAUCCUGGUCACGGGCGGCGCGGGCUACGUCGGCUCCCACACCGUCGCAGCACUCCUGGAGAAACAACAGGAGCACCAGAACUUCGACAUAGUUGUAGUGGACAACCUGUCCAACGCGUACAGAGAACCAGGACAGAAGAAACCUGAGGCGUUGAGGAUUAUUGAAGAGUUGACUAAGAGAAAGAUACAUUAUUAUGAAGUCGAUAUAAGAGAUGCGUCAGGGCUGAGUCGGAUUUUUGAAUCGCACAGCAUCCAAUGCGUGAUCCACUUCGCGGCGCUGAAAGCCGUGGGAGAGUCAGUCCAGAAACCCCUGGAGUACUAUCAGGCCAACAUCUCUGGGACGUGCACGUUGUUUGAGGUGAUGCGCAAGCACGGCGUGUACAAGCUAGUCUACAGUUCGUCGUGCACAGUGUACGGCGAGCCGGAAUACCUGCCGUUGAACGAAGGCCAUCCGACUGGCAAGGGACUGACCAGUCCUUACGGGAAGUCCAAGUACUUCUGCGAGGAGAUCAUGAAGGAUAUUUGUAGGAGUGACCCGAAAUGGAUGAUCAUAUCCCUCCGGUACUUCAACCCGGUGGGAGCACACAAUAGCGGCCGGAUAGGUGAAGAUCCAGCGGGUAUACCUAACAAUCUCAUGCCUUUCAUAUCACAGGUGGCCGUAGGUCGUCUAAACGAGCUGCAAGUAUUCGGAGCGGAUUACAAGACGGCGGACGGCACCGGCGUGCGUGACUACAUACAUGUCGAGGACUUAGCUGAGGGCCACGUGAAGGCUGUGAAACUGUUCAGCCAGCCCGGGUUCAGCGGGUUCCAUGCUGUCAAUUUGGGUACGGGAACUGGAUACUCAGUCCUCCAAAUGAUAUCGGCUUUCGAAGCCGCCAGCGGUCGCAAAAUCCCAUACCGCAUCGUCAGCCGCCGCGCGGGAGACAUAGCUGCGAACUAUGCUGAUGUCUCGCUCUCGCAUAGGCUGUUAGGCUGGCGUGCGACAAGGACGCUAGAGGAUAUGUGCAGGGACACAUGGAGGUGGCAGAGCAAUAACCCCAAUGGAUUUAAUAAGAGUUAAACAGGUAAUUUGAAGGUCUAUUCCACUUUGAUCACCUGGGUGAUCAAAUCCAGUUGAACAAAGUGGACUCCAGGCGACACUUUGGUGUCCUUUGAUCACCCAUGGAUAAGAAGUCCACUGAUGACCUAGGACCCUAGGUGAUCUUAUCCAUGGGUGAUCAAAUGACACCAAAGUGUCUCCUGGAGUCCACUUUGUUCCCCUGGGUGAUCAAAUCUAAAUCAAUUUGAUGCAGCGACUUGCCUAUAGGCAAUUUAUGAAUAUAGGGGACGGACACUAUUCACAAGUAAUAUUUGAAUUAACUAAAAAGAAAAGGAUUUUUAAAUGUACGAAAAUCUGGCUCAUUUUCGUUUAUUCUGAUUUUUAUUUCAUUUGAACUCAACAUCAUUUGGCCAGUUGACUUCACAAACAGAAUCUAAAACGUCAAAUGUGAGUAUUGCCAUAAUUAUGGAGACGGAGACAAAUUUUUUGAUAGCUCAUAAAAAUAAUUAUGUACAUUUGACUGAUGGUGUCCGAUUCUCUAUUUACCAGGGCUUUACCUGACAAAAAAAUUUACCGAAGUACACAGUUAUUGUUAAACAUUAGAAUCUUGAAAUUAUGUAAGUAUAUUGAACAUUUUUUCAAUAGAAUUGUAUAGUUGCUACAUUUAUAAGAUUACUACUUAAUAGUCUGUCUUAUAGACGAAAGCCUAAAAACAAAAGAAAGAGUUAACUUGCUUUGCAAGCUUUAGAUGUACAAAUGAAAAAAAAAAUGCAAUAAAUAAUUAUAUUUAGUUGUCAGUAUUAGUGCAUUCCGAUAGCUAGGUUAGAGACACGGGAUGAUAGAAAAAUUAACAAGUAAUAUAAACCAGAAAUCGCGAAUAUAGGUCGCGCAGCGAAAGUUAAGGCAAACACGGUACUCACAGAGGUACCUAAUAUCUGAAUAAAGUGCGCUUAUGUACACUUCAAGUCCAAAUAGACUAGCUAUUAAGGCUGGGUUGCUGCAACCCCAUCAACAAACGUCAAAAAUCUCUCAAACUUCAUACAAAAAGCAUAGUAGGUAUAUUAGGUGGUGCAACUCAGCAUAAAUGUAGGCACUGAGCAAGCGAGAAAACAUCGUCAGACUAUACAGAUACAAAUCUUUGCUUGUGUCGAUCGCCUCAACUUUCGUUGCGCGAACUAUACGUACUUACACGUUUUUUAAAUAAAAUAUCAUGACGUGUCUCUCAUCUAUUUUUUUUUUUUACGAAAUUGUUUAAUUUAGUGCCAUUUGAUUCUUUUAUUUAGCAAUAUAAUCGACGAAUAUAAUUUAAUCUGUAAAAUUAUUUAAAGAACCAAUGUUUUUAAUUUUUGUAGGUACGUUCCUAUUUAUGUUGCCAUAAAAUAUUUUUAUUUAUUUAAUUGACAACACCAAAUGUGUUACCAAAGGAAUUUAUUGCCAGUGCAAAUAAUAUUUUAACUUAUGUGUAGAAUAUAUUUUAUUUUUGUUUCUAGUUACAUAUUAAUAUCCAAAGAUUUAUUUUGUAUUGUUUAUUUAGAAUAUCUAUGUUAAAUUAUAAGCUUCAAUCCAAAUGAACGAUUUGGGGCUAUUAUUUAUAUAAAUUAUUCCAGAUUUAAUAUUUCAUAGACAAAAGACUAGCUAAUAUCCCAAUAGAUUUGAAAUCUCAUAGUUUAUUUCGAACGAAUGUACUAUAAUUUUAGAUCGAUGUUAUUCGAUCGAAGCUAAUAGUUGAUGAAAUUUGUAUCGAUUACAUUAUUUAAUAUUUUCUCCUGUUGCUUAAUUUUUAAUCUGGCUUUUAUGAGGGCUUACUUUUUCAUUCUAUUGGCAUUUAUAAAAUGUACUAUGAUAUGUAUCAUUCCAGUUAUUUGCAUUUCUUAUUCUAUGUUACCAAAGGUACAAUUAAUUUUAUCUUAGAAGUCAUGUAUUUAUUUUUUGCGGUGCUAAUUUUAUGUCAGUUAUUCGAAUUUAUUAUUUAUCUAAAUGUAAAAUAAAAAUAGUUUUUAUAA